GUCGCGACGCGUUCCACACGGUUCCAGACAUCUUCUCUUAACCCGACUGCUGCAGUUCGCUGCUCUCCCAGCAUUGGCUUGCGACAUACUCAGCUAAAGUUAUACAGGGCAUUCUACACAUCAUUGACAGCCCAAACAUGCCUGCUCCAGGCGAAAGUGAACAUACUGCGAAGCUAGAAGCUGCAAGGGCAUUGCAGACAACCCUCGAGCAAACACAGUUCCGCCUUGUCGACUAUCGAGAGCAAUUUGAUAACAAACAGAGCUUGCUUGACGGAGAUGCCGGACAGCUCUUCCAGGGGAGAGCAGGUCUCACAGACCCCGCCAUUGUCGGAGUCCAUCUCGCAUCACAAGUGGCCUUCUUGCGGAAGCUAAAGAUGCAGUACCUCGAGCAGAAAGCAAAAGACCAGUAUAUCAAGACGAUUGUAAGCGACGAUGCCCCGAAUAUCAACGCCGAGGACAACGAACGGCUGGCGCUCGCGAACGAGCAGAAGAAGGAGGCCUUGCGGAUAGCUAAGGCGCAGCUGGCAGAGAAGGAUGGCGACGUUCGUACGCUCGCCCCUCUGGUCGAGCAAGAUUACAACAAGGCCAAGGCCCUCACAUCGGAAGCCUCCGACCUUGCGCGAAAGAUUCUCGAUGCACGGUUACAACUCACUCGCCUACGACAAGCACAUCCACAUCCGCGACUCACAGUCGCGUCGGCCAACGCGCAGCUCGACGCACAAGUGGAGGAUAUGCAAAAGCUAGACGACGAGCUCCAGGGGAUCAACGCGACCAUUGACGAUGUCAAAGACAAGGUCAAGGAAGGGGCACGCGAAGUUGAGCGCCUCCGCAUUGAGAGGGCAGAUGCAGAGAAGCUUGUCAGGGCAGGCGAGGCCGAUGUUCAGGAUGGGCGAGUGCGCGGAUUAUACGACUGGUUCACAGCGUCACUCGCACUACAUCGCUCACUUCAUUCACUCGAGUCCUUCCGAUCCGUGUCCGAGAACGAGCUCCAUCUGACAUACUCGAUUACACCGACAUCCGCUCCCGACACGCGACCACGCCCUAUCCGCAUCGUCCUGCUUUUCGUGCCCAAUACGAGACAGCUAGCGGAUGCACAAAUCGAAGGUCUCAGGGAAGAUGUGGGUGACAUCGUUGGUGCCCAUGUCCAAGCAAAUGACGUCCCCGGCCUCCUGGCUGCUGUUUUGUCGAGAGCUCGAGCAGGAUUCUAG